CAACUCAGUAGCACCAGCACCAACCGACACCAACUACGGGUGUUCUACUCUUCUUCUUUUUAGAGAGAAUAGAAUUGUAGAUUGGGUUGGAUUCGUGUAGAAAUUCAGUUUCUACACAAAAUAUAUAAAGACGUGGAUGGCGGAGGGAUGGGAGUGAAAGGACGAGGGCCGAGUUGGAUGGAAAAAACGGGAAAAACUUGUUCAUUUAAAUAAUUAGGGUUGGUCGUGUUGACCAAUUACGUACGGAAAUAAUAUAAACAUCAAUAUCCACGGUUGUGAGAGUGUUGUUCGUAAUUGGAGUGCUUCGUCAAUGGCAUGAUCUACAUAUUAAGAAGCUCAAAUCCUGGCGUGGUGGUGAAAGUUUGUGAAAGUUAACUGCUCCAAUUAAAUAAAGAAAACUGUAAUCAUCAUCACGCUGUUCUUCUUCUAAGGGAACAAUUUUCAUUUAUAUCAGAAACAAGAGAAUGGAUCUUCUCAUUUCAACGACUUAUCAACGAAUUUCAAGAUAAGUGAAAGUAUUGACAAAAAAGACAUCCGCGCAUUAUCACAAUUCGGAAUCAUCCCUAAUUUCUAACGAGCAGUUUUUCUUCUCACACAUGACCUACACGUUUCUUUAAUUGGUUGAUUAGCCCAAUAUAAUUUAUUUGUAAUGGAAAAAAAUUAAAUAAUUACAUAAUUCCACGCGCAGCAGAACGAGAGGAAUAAAAACAACGAGCCUGUAAGGAAAAGUUUCGCUCAAAUCAAAGUAAUCUAAAAUUCACUACGUCAAACUGCAAAUAAAUGACAAGCGCAUGAUCCUCAGCACUGAUUCUUUGGAAUCGCUUCUCAAUUUCAUCUCGCUGACCGGGCAUUACUUUUAUCAAGUAUUAUUAUUCUUAUUAGCAGUACUAAAUUUGCAAUUUGUAUUGCUGAAGAUUGAAACGUGCCAAAUUCCAAGCAAGUAAAGAAUGGUGCUACAUUUGUAUACAAAUUAGUUUCAUGAAAUUAAAUUAAGCACUCAAAAUCACGACGCCUAUGCAGUCGACUUAAUUAAUUAAUGUACAAUCUCCUCCUAAUUCUGCUGAAGUAAAUAAGAAAAAAUCACGAUUUUCCUUUGAAUAACAACACCAAGAAGAAGAAGAGGAAACUCCUGCUGGCCCAUCUAAUCGAUCGUGCCCACUCUGAUAUAUCAGUAGCUCAGAUCUGAUCUUGUUUCUUGCAAAAGAAAGUACAACAUAGGAGGACGACAGAAUCGAAAAAAACCUAAUUCAUAUUCUGCAUAAUUACAUAAUUCAAUUUGCUUUCAAGGCUUAGAUCAAUACGUCAUAAUAAAAUUUAUUAUACAUAAAUUUCAAUAAAAUUAUCCCCAAACACCGCGCAACUUAAACUCACUCACUCAGCUUGACACUUGACAUAAAAAGAAAUACCGAGAAAAAUUCGAUCAUCUGAUUAAGUCAGAAUGUCAGAUUUAACAAAUAACGGUUGAAGAAAAAGCUUGCAAAAAAGAGAAAGGAUGUCAAGCUUACUCGAUGUUGGAUUUCUUUGAACACAGUCAAAAUCAAGGCUCUCCCUCCAGUGAGUGACAGAAAUAUGGACUGUUAAAUCCAAAAAAGAGAAAGCAACGGCAGAAAUCUCUCGGACUUUCUCCCUGUCACAGAGUCCAGUCCAGUCCAGCAGAUUCGGCCAGGCCACACACAGCAAAACAUUUUUGAGCUGUGGCUGGUGGUUGUUAAGUCAAGAAAAAAAUUCAAAGUGUGAGCAUUUAUUUCGCUUUCUCCUUCCACCACUGCCGACCAGUUCAACCGUGUCCAGCCAGACAUCACCUUUACUGAACUAGAAAGCAGAACAUGGAUCGGUCGGUCCAAUAAGUCAUUCGGAUUUGUCCUCGCCAUCUCACCACCACGAUUGAAUUGGGGACAAUGGAUGCCAUAAUUAUUUAAUCUCAUAAGUUAAACCAAGCUCAAUUUGAAAUCAGUUGGCCAAAUUAUUAACAAGAAAAAAUUACAUUAAGUAAAGCAAAGCAACGAAAGUUAAGAAUUAAAUUUAUCUAAAUAUGAUUGUGCAAAUGACGACGACGAAUCCCGCAAUAAUAAUUAAGAAGAGGAUGGAGACGGAGUUGAUCAAUCAACGGUACCAACACAACGAGUAAAUUAUUGAAGGAUUUCGAGAGAAAAUUAUUUGGAGCUAUCUCCCAAAAGAAGACAUCCUUCAAGCAAAUAUUAAAAUUAAUUGGUGCUCAUAAAUUGUCCAUUGUGUCAAAUGCAGUGAUCAAAUCGAUAUAACAUAGUUGUGAAAGCAAGCCGUGCCGAUGAUUUAAAUGUCAGGACGAAGACGUCAUUCUUCAUUUUAACCAUAGUGGAAAGCGUGGUCUGUGUACUUCACAGCCAAAAAUUCAGAGAACUAUUGCACCCAAAAAAUUUUGGAAACUACUUCGCGGGAGCUCCCAGGAAUCCAAUCAAAGUUCCUUGAUGGGGAAUAAAUUGAGUUGUAACUGCGGCCCCUUGACUCGCAAACCGUAUCGGUAUGAGGGUGAGAUGCAAAAAGACACCCCUUGGAGCGCAGGGUCGAGUAGCCGGAGUUUCAGCAAACGGGACGGUCACCUGCUUCGCCUUUGGGCCGAGGUUUUUCACGUAACCACUGCUGGCGGUGGGUCGGUGAAAUGGCAACAGGUUUCAGAAGAUCUCGUUCCCGUCAACAUUACUUGUAUUCAGGAUUCCCCAGAGGUCGUGUUUCACAUCACAGCGUAUAAUUCCCAAGUAGACAAAAUCCUCGAUGUUCGCCUAGUACAGCCAGGAACAAAAAUUGGCCAGGCUUCCGAGUGUUUUGUGUACUGGAAGGAUCCUGUGACCAGUGACACUUGGGGGCUCAACUUCACUUCACCAAUUGAUGCCAAGCAAUUUAGAGAAUGUUGCUCACCCGCAUUUAAGUUUUCGAGAAAGGCCAGCUCAUCCUAUUCACUAAAAUUAGAAAACAAUGCGAGAGGAGGUCGUGGUGGGACGGUUUCCGGAUCUGCAAGUCGGGGUGGAAGUGGUCGCAUCAACGCUACAUCCGCAGCUGCAGCCCGAAGACGUCCCCUCUCAACCCCCACAUCGCCAUCUAAACGGGAGCCUCAGUGUACAUGCAUGACGGCGGAACAAUAUGCCAGACUACGCGCAAUGGAUCCUCGGUUCCGUGCCGCAUCCACGCUGCCAAGAUCCCUUCCGAAUCAAGCCCCACGAGGAGAAGGUGCUGGACGGGAAAAACAAGCUCCCGGAGACAACUAUGCCACCAUCAGACGUCCCGAAGCGAAAGGAGUCGGACCAGACAUGGAUGGAGACGAUCGUACUGAAAGAAUUGGCAGUUCCCGAGGCAGAGGUUCCGGUCGGGGUGGAAGGGACAUUAUGACCUCGAAAUCUGUUGACUACUCAGACAAUGAACUCGCAGCGAGGGACACGAUUGAGAGGAAGAAGAGUAGGAGCAAAAGCACGGAUGAUGUCACUGAAAGAAAUGGUCAACCAGGGGGACAACCUGUUUCGUCGUCGUCUUCCUCGAGACGAGGGGUCCUCGCGCAACAACAACAACAAACCGAAGCUCAUGGACAUCAUCAUGGAGCUUACUCACGGUCUCGUACCCUGCCAUCCAAGUCGACAAUCGGGACGAACACGACCCCAACGGGGGAUGGGCUUACGGAUAGUCAAACUUUGAAGAGGUUGUUGAAACCAAUUCCAUCAGCAGGGUCGGUGGUAACCUCGCCAGAAAUGUCGCGGAGGGUGUAUCAUCAUGAUGGCUACAUUUCCGAACCUGAAAUACGUCACGUUUCAACCCAUACGACACAAGGAAAGCGACCCACUGACACGUUGAGACGAAUUCAUGAACGAAGUCGUGGUGUUGGGACGCAGACUGGAUAUGGAAAGCUAAAAAGUGAGACUUCGCCUCCUUCGGAUCAUCCCAUCUUUGACCACGCGUACUACGCAACCACACCCCCAAGCUCAAGUCCUGAAGAUGGAGCUCACGGAAGCCCGUCUCCAGGAUCUCCAACCGCAAGACUUUUACUUGAAUAUGAACAACACCUUCGAAAUACGUUAGCCAAAGGCAUGGACGCCGAGAGUUACAGUUUGCAUACAUUCGAAGCCAUAAUUUCGCAAAGCAACGAGAAUCUUGCUGUUCCGCCAAACUCGAGAUCCACAACUUUACCACGAUUUGGACUAACUCGGGAGAACUUUCGAUGUUCGCGUGAUGUAUCUAAAGAGUCGCGUGAUUCGGAUGUUCUUUCUGGAUACUACAGCGAUUUCCGCGAUCGGGGUUAUCUCUCAGAUCACAAUUCGAGGUCGAGUGGCUUCUUUGACCGACAUGAAGGUGUCAGGUCCGGAUAUUUCUCGGAUCGGGAGAGAAGCGGGUAUUUUUCAGAUAGGGAGGCUCACGCCCACCACAAGUACGGCAUGCGACAACAGGCAUCUGUCGAAUCUGCAGACUCACGAUUGUGCUACUUGACAUCCUCAGAGAUAAGCGAUGAUGAGCGAAUGUCAUUAACCACGGCGGUGAGCGAUGACGAACCUGGGGAUGGAGCCACUUCACCGAAAGGCUCGAGAAAACCGGCAGCAUCGUUUAAUUGCACGGGAGCCGUGAGAAAGGCUGGAUUCCUAAGCGUGAAGAAAUGGCUGUUGAGAAAAAGACAUCAGGUGGAACUGGCCCGUCGUCGUGGAUGGAAAGGUUACUGGGUUUGCCUCAAAGGAACGACGCUCCUAUUUUAUCCCUGCGAUGCGAGAGAAGCCAGCAGGUCGGUCGAGGCAGCGCCUAAGCACUUGAUAAUAGUCGAUGGAGCUAUCAUGCAACCAAUUCCAGAACACCCGAAGCGAGAUUACAUUUUCUGCUUGAGCACGGCCUUUGGAGACGCCUAUUUAUUCCAGGCACCUUGCCAAGUGGAGUUGGAAUCGUGGGUGCACAGCAUUCAUUGGGCCUGUGCAGCAGCAUUUGCUCGUCAUCGUGGCAAAACUGGGACGCUCCACCUUCUCCAGGAAGAGAUCGUUCGUCUGGAUAAAGCCAUCGAAUCGGAUGGGAAAUUACGACACAUGGCCGAACUACAGAGAUCCGUGGUUGCCGAUAUCGAGACGAGGCAGCAAUUAGCACAGCAGAUUGCGAACUGGGAGGAGAAUAUAGAACGUCUUCACUGCGAACAGUUUAGACUGAGAUGUUACAUGGCUUCGCUGCAAGGUGGCGAGCUGCCAAAUCCAAAGAGUCUUCUCUCGCACGUGUCAAGAACAACGAAAAAUACGUUAAAUCGUUUGGGUGUGUUCACCGUGUCGUCGUUUCACGCAUUUGUCUGCGCUCGGAGUCCAUCUUUGCUGAGCAACUUGUUGGCCGGGCGAGGAGCCACGAAACGGCGAGCCCCACUCUUAUCGAGGUCAAAUUCUGCUUCCUCGAGACGCUCGUUGCACGCCUCGUCGUCCGAUCGGGAGUCAGAAGGGAGGACUGCAAAGAUUUCACUGCCUGAAAAUCAAAUGGUAACCGUAUCCUUGAAGGAUGGCAUGACUGUGGACGAGUUUCUCACUUGUGCUUGCGGAAGGAAAAAUCUCGUGGCCACGGAACACUUUGUCCGAGUCAAGAAACGCCGAGAACUUCCCGACACCAAUUAUUUCGUUCCAUUUCGCUCUGAUCUCAUCGAAACUUAUGUCGCGACUCACGAAGUGGUUGAGGUGCGAGCCAAACUUUUGUAUCAAGUGGAACUUGCCCGAGCCUCUUUGGACUUAAUGUGGGGCUUUAGCGUGGAGGCCGAACUUUGGGAAAAUACCGACCGACAAGAUGAAUUAUCCUGCUUCGUGAGUAGAGUUGAAGACCGGAGUGUUGCCAUGAAUAACGGGAUAAUAAAGAGUGAUGAGAUUCUUGUGAUUAACGGAGCCAUCGUUUCCGACCUGGACAUGAUGUAUAUUGAAUCGGUGCUACAAGAAGAGUCCUCUCUCUGCCUGAUGCUACGGUCUUCACGGACCGAACCACCAGCCUUGGCUGCCGCCCUGGCCGCGGCGGAUGCAGCCAUUGCCCAACUUGUUUGUCCACCUCCUCCCCUUGACCCAGAUUUACUUACGGAAGCUGCCCUCAGUAAUUUGAUCGUCCCCGCGCCCCACGAAAAUAAAGACCUGAGUCCAUCGGAUACGGAUGAGAUUGGCGGACACACUUCGGGAGGAGAAGGACGUAAUUCGCGAAUGGGAGCCUCUACCGAUAUUGAUACGCUCAUUAAGACGGCCGGAGACAUUACAACUUUCUGCCGAACGAAAGAACGUGGCGGUGGCGGUGGAGGAGGUCGAAGUCAUCCUCAACUCACUCACCAAACAACGAUCGGCACGGACUCGCCUGCAGCCAUGAUCAGCGGUGGAAAUUCGCCAACCCAUUCCCAACUUCCGAUGGGCACCCGGGACGUGGAAAAGAUGAAGAAGGCCGUUCUCGAGUUGGUGGAGACGGAGCGAGCCUACGUCAAGCACUUGACGGGCCUCUUGGAGUUGUAUUUGGAGCCUUUAAGAAACGAAAACUUUCUAUCGACAACGGAAAUGAUGGCAAUAUUUGGGAACAUUAGAGAAAUGGUGGGAGUGCAACGAAGGUUUCUUCGCAGUCUGGAAGCCGCCCUGGAAAGCAGUUCUGCUAUCGAAUCAAUAAACCAAAUUCAGAAUCCUUCUGAAUUCAAAACAAUUCUUCUCAACAUUGCUUCAGCCUUUUUAAGUUUUGUGGAUCAUUUCAAACUGUAUUCUUCAUUUUGUGCGUCGCAUUCCAAAGCUCAGAAACUACUUCAUCCAGUUGAAGGGAACCAAGCCCUGCAAGUUUUCCUGGCUGCGAGAAAUCCGAAGCAACAGCAUUCAAACACGUUGGAGUCAUAUUUGAUAAAACCGAUUCAACGUAUCCUCAAAUACCCGCUGCUUCUUCAACAAAUUCGCAACCUUUGUGACACCAAUGCGGAAGAGUAUCGUUUGGUUUCAGAAUCGCUGCAAUGCAUGGAACGAGUCGCGGAACAUAUUAACGAAAUGCAGAGAAUUCAUGAAGAGUACGGAGCAAUAUUCGAGCACCUACAAAGACAACAUCAAAAGAUUUCGAAAACACCGAUCGACCUGAGCCCUGGAGAUUUACUGCAUUACGGUGGCGUGGAGUGGCUCAACAUUGCGGUGUUCCUGGGCAAGAUUAAAAAAGGGUUGGAACUUCACGCAAUGUGCUUUGUGUUCAAGACUGCGGUCGUGUUCCUUUGCAAGGAGAGGCUGAGACACAAGAAGAAGCUGAUUAGCUCAACUUCCAAGAUAUCCGACAAAUCAGAAGUAGAGAUUAUUCGUUACCAAGUAUUGAUUCCGGUGUCGGAAGUCCAAGUGAGACAAGAUCCCCGAGACCUCAAAGAUUUGGACUCUAAUGGUCCCAAUUACUCAUGGGAAUUGACACACUUACGAAGCUCUACGCCCCGUCGUUCCGAAAAAACUUACCUUUUGUCCAACUCCACGGCCGAGUUUCGUAACGUUUUUCUCCGCAACAUAAGACAAAUCAUUAGGGAAAGUGUUCGAAAUAUGAGCUUACCUCCACGACUGCCAUCCGACGGGGGAGAUGACGAGGGUGAUGGUGGUGGCGAUGGGAGUGGAAGGAAUGGUCACCUGUCCUCUGGUGGAUCUCACUAUGCCACGCCAGAAGGUCACGAGUACUCUGAGCAGUCACAGCAACAACACCAACAAUCACGAGGAGGUGGAGGUCACGGUUAUCGGCCUCAUGGUCAUGGACAAGCUCACACGUUGGGACGAAAGAAGCCUCCAAAACCACCACAACGACAUUCCGCAGGAAACAUAGAAAUGGGUUCGGCAACUUUGAAGCAUCAAGACAGCAUUGACUCCAAUUCCGGUUUCCGAGGUCGCAGUAAAACUAUGAGCGAUGGCAAAGGGGGGACAGACUCGGAAGAAGGUGGAGCAGGAAGUGGUGGUGGUCAUCCCCACCAUCGCGAAGUUAUCGGAAGUGCGACCAUGCCUCGAGCUAAGGGUGUUUUGGGGAACACCCCCAACCACUUAACGCUAAGCACGACGUCAACAAUAUCUGCGGGGAGUACGGGAUCCGCCGCAAAACUAAUUCAUGCUUCUGGAACACCCGGUAGUAGAAAUAUCGCCCCACCCCCUGUUGCAGUAGUUCCGGAGCCAAGUUCCCCAAUUUGGAAACCACGUGAUGGAGUAUUUGACACGGCAACGCUUCCAAGAAAACCUGAUUCCGCAGAACCUCAACCAAGUACCUCUGCAGCUGCAGCGGCGGCAUCUUCUUCCAAAACGCCUCCUUCUUCUACGAAACCAGAGAUUCUACCAAAACCGCAACGCAACUGAUUUCCACUAUUCAAGAAAAAUUCACACAAAUAAUAAGAAAAAAACUAAAGCAAAUACAUUUUACUGAACAAUUUAAUACUAACUUUCUAGCUAAAAGUUCUACUACAUGCAAACCAACGAAAACCAUAUAAAAUCUCAACGAACAAAAACCAAUACAUAAAUUAAUACAGAAAAGUCUCCUUCACCAAAAAAACCAAUAUGAACCUAAAUACUUAAACUCUUCCUGUUCUUCUCCUCAUUAAUUGUGCUACAAGAUUCCAUCAUCGACAACUUGAGUACGUAACUAUUAUUAGUUGCUCCACAUUCCAGGACAAUUCUUAUUAUUAUUAUCGUUAUGAGCCAACACAUAACUUCAGCUCCCUCAGUCUCGUCUCACUAUAAUCUCAUCAUCAUUCUCAUUAUAUAAUCUCUCACAACAAUAUUCUCGACUAGUCCUUUUAAAGAAAAUCAUCUCGUUAAAUAUCCAUAAACUCAAAAUUCUCAAUGUUUGCAGUACAUACUACAUAUAAACAUAUACCAUUAUAUCUGUAUCUAUACAACCUCCUCUCAGUCUAUGAUUAUGUAUUAUUAAAAAUUAAGUCAUCUCUCUGAUACUCAUUCAUAUAUUAUUAAAAUUAUUAUUGUUAAUAAUCAUGACAAAAUGCUGAUACUACACUCAGAGUUUGAAACUCGAUUCAAUUAUUACAUAGCAAAUACAAGGGUAAAACAAUGAUGCUAAUAAGAAGUUAUCUCUGGUAAGGUUACCACCUAAGACUUUUUAUACUCAUCAAUCAAAUUAAUUCUCAAGCUCACAACGUUUAAACGACAAAUUAUUAACAAAAUUAAUAACUAUUAUCAUUUACAAAGGCAACUUUACACGACAGAAAUGUACUCACACAUAGUAAUAGAAUGGCAAAUAAUUCUUGACGCAAUUUCUAAUUUACGUUACUUGAUACAUAGAUAAUCAAUUUAUAUAAAAAAAUAUAUAAGUGUUCACUUUUAAAAGAGGGAUACAAUUCAUUCAUAUUUGAUGAUGGACACCAAAAUCAUCACCACGAACAACAUUAUUACCGCUUGACUUAUUUAUUUGACUCGUAAACUAAAAUAAGUAAUAAAUAGCACCUAAAUAUUUAGCAUAUUGCAUGAACUGCCCCAUCGAAGCCAACAACUCAACUAUUAUAUCUCUCGGAUUGACGGUCAAGUUGCCAAAAUUGCUCACAUCUCCACGUAUUAUGUUGCCAAAGGUUUUGACUACAUAUUACAUGACUGAGAUUAAUGUAUUUCGUAUUAGGUUUAAAGUGGUUAAAAAAGUUUGUAAUAAGUCUGUUGAAUUGAAUGAAAGGAAGUGAUUUUUAAUAGGAGUUGUUGUCGGUGGUCAGUUUUAUGCUCAAAUUGAAAUUCCUCCAGCUAAAUGUUUCUUUUUUAAUUAGAGUUUUUACGCCAAUUUUAAUUUGAUAAUCACGCUAAGUAUUUAAAUUCGAUCAUUUUUUUACAUUUUUUUUAGCUAAAACAAUUUCCCUCUUGUCUUUACUGCGCACGACACCGGUUCAAUUUUUAUGGUGUGAAUGAUGAUGUACUCGUAAUUUAUCAGACUCAUUGUUGUAUUAUUAAAUUUCCAGUUUCAAGUAUCAGGAUUCACAUACAACGCCGAACGUAGUGGCAAAAAAGUUAUGCAGUACGUGAGUAGAUGAUGGGUUAGUGAUAAUCCCAUCACCUUGUAAGACGACGAAAAGAUUACGUAGAACUUUACACGUACCAUUAAAUAAUGAUAAUUAUUAUUAUGUAUUUACUAUACGGAUAACAGCAACGAUGUGAUUCGUAACAAACUACUUAAUUAAAUAAUAAUAUGACGAGUAUCACAACUAUACACAAGGAGGUGAAUGAUUUUGUUAAAUUGAAUGGUUGUGAGAUUUAGAUGUAUGUAUUAAAAUUACGGAUUAGAAUUAAACGGGAAAUAUCAAUAAAAUCAAAAUAUGCAAAA